AGUGCACCCAUAUCAUGCAAUGUCAGUGAACAAUUUUCUGAUGACUGGUCCAAAGGCUUACCUGAUCUACUCCAGUAGUGUGGCAGCUGGUGCGCAGAGUGGAAUUGAAGAAUGUAAAUACCAGUUUGCCUGGGACCGCUGGAACUGCCCUGAGAGAGCCUUACAGCUGUCGAGCCAUGGUGGACUUCGCAGUGCUAAUCGGGAGACAGCGUUUGUACACGCCAUCAGCUCUGCUGGGGUCAUGUACACCCUGACUAGAAACUGCAGCCUUGGAGAUUUUGACAACUGUGGCUGUGAUGACUCCCGCAAUGGACAACUGGGGGGCCAAGGCUGGCUGUGGGGAGGCUGCAGUGAUAACGUGGGUUUCGGAGAGGCCAUUUCCAAGCAGUUUGUGGAUGCCCUGGAGACAGGACAGGAUGCCCGGGCAGCCAUGAAUCUGCACAACAAUGAGGCUGGCCGCAAGGCGGUGAAGGGAACCAUGAAACGCACGUGCAAGUGCCACGGCGUGUCCGGCAGCUGCACCACGCAGACCUGCUGGCUGCAGCUGCCGGAGUUCCGCGAGGUGGGCGCGCACCUGAAGGAGAAGUAUCACGCGGCGCUCAAGGUGGACCUGCUGCAGGGUGCGGGCAACAGCGCGGCGGGUCGCGGCGCCAUCGCCGACACCUUCCGCUCCAUCUCCACGCGCGAGCUGGUGCACCUGGAGGACUCCCCAGACUACUGCCUGGAGAACAAGACUCUAGGGCUGCUGGGCACCGAGGGCCGCGAGUGCCUGCGUCGCGGGCGAGCGCUGGGCCGCUGGGAGCGUCGCAGCUGCCGCCGGCUGUGCGGGGACUGCGGGCUGGCUGUGGAGGAGCGCCGCGCCGAGACCGUGUCCAGCUGCAACUGCAAGUUCCACUGGUGCUGCGCGGUCCACUGCGAGCAGUGCCGCCGGCGGGUCACCAAGUACUUCUGCAGCCGCGCAGAGCGGCCGCCGAGAGGCGCCGCACACAAACCUGGAAGGAAACCCUAAGGGUCUCCUGGCUCCUUCCCCCAUUUGUCCUUGGUUGAUUUAGAGACCCCAGUGCUAGAGGAGUCCAGGGAGUGGGAACCUUGCACUCCCUAGCAGCCGUUCUGACUGGGAGACGCUGCAACCUC